AUGGCUCCUCAAUUCCACGACAUUGUGAACAAGCCCGCCCCGGGCAUCCCCUACUUCACUCCCCUCCAGGAUCCGCCCGCAGGGACCGCCGCAAACCCUCAAUCGGACGGCGCCCCGAUCCCCAAACUGUUCCAGCCCCUCUCGGUGAGAGGGUUGACGUUCCACAAUCGUCUCGGACUCUCUCCCUUGUGCCAGUACUCUGCCGACGAUGGCCACAUGACGCCCUGGCAUAUGGCCCAUCUGGGUGGAAUUGCCCAGCGCGGGCCCGGAUUUCUGAUGGUCGAGGCCACCGCUGUCGAGGCGGAGGGCCGUAUCUCCCCUCAGGAUGUGGGAUUGUGGAAGGACUCGCAGAUCGAGCCCAUGAGACAGGUGAUUGAAUUCGUGCACAGCCAGAACCAGAUCAUCGGCGUACAGAUCGCCCACGCCGGUCGGAAAGCGAGUACCGUAGCGCCGUGGCUGUCGUUCACUGAGGCAGCAUCUAACAAUGCUAGUGGCUGGACGGACCGCGUCAAGGGGCCCAGCGGUGAGCCAUUCAGCGACCGCUACCCGAUCCCCACGCAAAUGACCAAGCAGGAUAUCGAGCAGUUCAAGAAGAACUGGGUGGCAGCGGUGAAACGGGCCAUUCGCGCGGGCGCCGAUUUUGUCGAGAUUCACAAUGCCCACGGAUACUUGCUGAUGUCGUUCUUGUCGCCUACGGCGAACACGAGAACGGACGAAUACGGUGGUAGCUUUGAAAACCGUAUCAGACUGAGCAUGGAAAUUGCGAAACUCACCCGCGAGACUGUUCCCGAGAAUAUGCCCGUGUUUCUGCGCGUGUCAGCGACGGACUGGCUGGAAGAGGUCCAACCGUCGCAGCCGAGCUGGCGACUUGAGGACACCAUCAAGUUUGCGCAGGCGCUGGCAGAGAGCGGGGCCAUCGAUCUGCUAGAUAUCAGCAGCGGUGGAACCAACGCUGCCCAGAAGAUCAAGCCGGGACCUGGGUUCCAGGCACCGUUCUCCGUCGCCGUGAAGAAGGCGGUUGGCGAUAAGCUGUUGGUGGGUGCUGUCGGUACGAUUGACACGGGUCACUUGGCCAACUCGUUGCUCGAGAAGGAGGGUUUGGACUUUGUUCUGGUGGGACGUGGUUUCCAGAAGAACCCAUCGCUGGCAUGGACUUUUGCUGAGGAGCUUAACGUGGAGAUUUCCAUGGCCAGCCAGAUUCGCUGGGCUUUCUCACGACGGGGUGGUGGACCUUUCCUGAAGAAGAGACAAGAAAAGAUCUAG